GAACAAAGCAGUUUUGCACAGCCACGCUCUGAAUCGCUAGUUCUGUGGCUCAUUACUCAGUAGCCACAUCUCGGGAAUCCGGGAUAGAGUCAGAUCUUCGGUUUGCCCAAGUCUUCUGCGGUGGAACCCGCAGAUAGCUUACUAGAACGGCGCUUAAACCAGAAAUUGUCCCGUUCUUGGGCGGUCUUUCAUUUUCCGUUUUGGCUGUCCACCACCAUGUACUUCGGAAACACCGUGUGUGUCUCCCUAUAGGGAAAGAUGACAGGCAGAUAUAAGGAUGAGGCCGUUUCCCUCCUUUCCCUCAUGCUCUAUCGGAAUUCAGAGAUCCAAAAUAUCUUGGGAUCAUUAUUUUUUUUUUUUUUGGAUCGAAAUCAAAUUCUACGAACUUUGAUAUCAUAUUGCUUUGCCUGCUCUGAGCUUUCCCCCUCCUCACCGUCAAUUCCUUCCGACAUAUACGCAUCUAUAUAUGUCAAAUCAGAAAAAUGACUCUGAACGUGCAGGAUUCUGGAAGAGAAUGUUGGGAAAGUUCUCCGUGUAUAGAUAUGCACGACCCCUCUUCUAUCACAUCGCUGCCUUGUCACCCCGCAAAAUCCAUGUGUCUGGAAACUGAACGCGGUUCGGGUAGACACGAUCAUUUGCAACCUGUAUCAGUUGCCCACUCUCCGGGGCCAAGUCCUGAGACUCCUGAUGUGCCAUCGCUCCGCGCAGAGUUCUUCCAGGUCAACCUAGAUGCCUGGUAUCCGCGGUACUUGGCUUGCCUGCGGCACUUUCUUGAGGAAGGACAGCAUACGGUCGCCGUGCAGUCUCUGGCGGCUUUUGUCAAUAUCCGGCUUCCUUAUCAACGAUUGCCGGAACCAGUCAACCACUUUGCUGGCCCGUCCAAUGGCUCUUCUCAUCUCUCACUACGGCCGUAUAUCCAGCGUCUGAUCGUGACUGGCAACGACAUGCCCGCCGUUCUCGAGGCAUUUUUUGGGGGCGAUUGGCUAGCUGGUGUUGGGUCCAUUUGGAAGCAGGAAAGAUUGAAUUACUUGUUUACAGCCAAGAGCUCCGGCUGGGCGUCAACCAAGUCAGCCUAUGACAUCCUUCCUGAUGAGCAAACCCCAUUUCUAAGACCUCUUCGUGGGCCGUCAGAAGAUGAGCUUCGCAUGGCUGAAUCCAGGUGGAGUGAAUGGCUUGCAAUGGAGGACUGGAUGGUGGGGCCUCGUAGCCCAUGGUAGGAAAAAAAAAAAAAAAGGGGGGGGGGAGGGAGGAAAGAUUGAUGAAGUGAUGAUUUAUGACCUAUGAUAUUUCUUGUCAUUCUUUUAUUAUUUCCAUUUGUUGAUUUCAUUUUCUUU